AUGAAGCGGUUGUCACUGUCGCUGUAUGUGAACUGUCACCAUCGAAGCUACGGCUGCAGGACUGCUGCUGGCGGUAGCGACGAUAUGCUGCGGUGUCGCAUAAGCCCGGUGCCGCCUGCUCGAACUUCCGGCGUAGUUUGUGGUAUGGGCAGCGGCCCACCACCGGGUGCGUCGAGGGCAAGGCUGAUCUCGCCCUGCCCGUCUCCAUGGAUCGCGCAGUGGCAGCAACGGCGCCACAUGCACGAUGCGACCACCGUGGCGGCGAUUACGGAUAACCAGCUCCGUGGUAGUCUUUCAACCGCCUCACCUGGGCCAUCAAGUGUGUGCCCCUCAUCCUCCACCACCACCGCCAACACGUCGGGCUCGGCUGAUCCCACCCCGGAAACUUUCCUUCUGACACAGCUGCAGGUGCUCGCAAAGCAGUACCGAGGAACCCCAAAAAGCAACAGCAGCAAGGGGGUUGUCGAGAGUCGUGCCACAGGGACAGAUGUGCAGGUUUCGGCAAACUCGGCUGGUGCCUUGGCGGCUCUCGUAAGCGACGCUGACAUGUGUGCCAGCGGCCAUCUGGACGACAGCACUUUAGCCCCCUCGCAGAGCAAUAAACCAGCCUGGCAGCGAGGACUUGAACUUGCGCAGACUGCCUCGUGCGCUACUGCGGCGGUCACGGAGUGGCUUCUGUUUCUGUGUCUGCGCAGUAGCCAAUCCACGACCAAUGCUGCCGAGUCGCUAACCGCGGCACCGUUGGAGGUGUGCGAAGGCGUCUACAGCGCUUGGAGGGAACUGCAUCGAGGGCAAAAGCCGGAAAGGAACAUAGCAGCAGCAGCCGAUGUAGCCAACGCCGUUGCAGUGUCGAACUCGCCUUCUUCGGCCCGAGCUCAUCUGCCGCACCACCGCUCUCCUUUCAGCCCUAAAGGUAUCCAUCAUCACUAUGCCACGUAUCUCUUGCGCGAGCUUCACCACGCACAGACGGCCGCCGUUUCGCACACGGCAACGCGCAAGGGAAGCAGUGGCAUCAAUGGCGGCGACGAUGUUUGUAGAGCGUCGAUGCCCACCAAGGACUCGGCAGCAGCACACGCGGCGUCGAUGCAUCGCAUGCGCUACCUGCUUCACAGGGUGCUGGAGGUUCUCCUGAUACAUCUCCCACAAGACCUGGCGGCGACGGCGGCGGCGGGUUCGGCCGCGAAGACUACGGAACAAACGUGCGGCGUGAAAGGCAGAUGCUCUCGGCAGUGCCAGCCUUCUCUCCGCCCCACAACGGCCUUGCUGGUGCUGGAAGCCGCGCGCCACGCGGCAAGAUUUUACAGGCAAUCAUCAAUGCUGAGCGGCGUUGACCCGUCUGGUAACUUUUCACUGCUCUCUUUCUUGUGGGAGACAGCGCAUAGCACAAGCUCGCCGCAGGACGCGCCGGCGGCGUCGCCUCCGCCGACACACUCCGCUCUCGCGGCAGUGGCCCGUGAGGCCUUCGAGACCAUUAUGAAGAGCUCAGCGACGGCGCCAACUGACAGGUCUGCGGCUGCUUUGCAGAAGCACCAUCACCUGCAGAAUGACGCGCUGGCUCUUUAUGUGGCCUUCCUCGCGACCAUUUGCAUGCCUCCAAUGUCAGAGCGUCGCCUUGAAGUCGAGCUGCAGGCCAUCGAUAGGUUUGUGCUAGCUGGCUCACCUACAGCACGCCAACUCGAUGUGUCGUCACCGCACCAGCAGCCGCAGGCGCUGAGCAACGGACCACCGCGACUCCUCGUCAGCGCGGAUCGAGCACCUCGUGAUCAAAGCGGGUCUGCAUCCAGUGCGUCAGCUCUGGCAACAGCUCCCGGUGUGCGGUGGCUGAUGGCCACGUAUUUAAGCCCGUCAUCGUCAUCGUCGGCUCCAGUCUCAGAGCCAAGAGCGGAAGCCGACCGCCGUCAGUGGGACUUUACGCGCGAUGCCGUCGUGGCUGUGCUGUGCCGGUCGAGCCCAUUGCUCACGUCGGGCAGUGGCAAGCCUUCUUCAGCCGCUCACGUCCACAAUAAAGGUGUAUGUGUCGUGCCGUCGAGCGCUGCGCCGGCACCACUGCCGUGGUGUGUGUGGAUGCUGCGCGCGCUUCUCCACGAUGAUGCUCAGCAGCAACAGAAGAAGGGGUCGGGAACAGCGUCUUUGGGCGGCGCAAUACGUAGCGACGCCGACGAGAUGUCGACGCUGGUAUUGUCGAUUCGGUUAGUCAUGGAUCUCCGGCGCCACUCUCAAGCGACCCUCGCCUGUCACGGGAGUCCGCGGUGGGAGAAACAUCGGCAGCAUCGCCUCGUUACGCUGUUGCGUCCGCCGCUGCAACUGGUUUGGGCAACGUUGCUCGAUGCCGCAGUGCGAGGCCAGCUUAUCCCCGCCAACUCUUGCAGCGCCGCUUCUGACAACGGCUUCGCGACACAGCACAGCACACGGGCAUGUUUUUUUCCUCAUUGUGGUACGCCGGCCGUGUUGCAGCGGCUGUGCUACCCGCACUACGAUAAGACGCAGUGGCGCCGCGGGACGGUCAACCUCUACAUGCAACUCCUCGACCAAUGGAGCGAGUCAACGCAAGUACGGCAGGUAUUUGCGGCAGUUGCGCGGCGCGAGCGCGAGUGGCAGCUGGAGGUGCACGAGGCUGUGCUGGCGGAGCCCCGGGGGCUCGUCAGUGCUGAUGAUGAGGUGGAUGGCGGGGACGAGGAUGACUCCGAGGGCAUAGGCGACAGCGAGGCAGAGCGGGUCAGCACGGAGGAGGGCCAGGCGGCAGCGUCCACAGCUAGGGCAGGUUCACAGAAGCCUAUGGUGGUGAGGGUCUUCCGCCGCUAUCGCCCCGCCCUCAACCUCGAGUCGUGCCUCAUCACACUGCGUCACUGUGGCUUCCCCAGACAAGUUGUUGCGGAGCUGUGGGACGGGGCGGCGGGUGCCAAAGAUGGCAUCGAGGGCAGCGAUGGCACUCCUGCUACCGCGGCACAAGCCAAACUCGCAGGUGAGGUACUGCAGUACAUGAUCUGCUCGCUGCACGUUGCGGAGCGCAGGCCGCACCGCACCGCGCCCAGUGGCAGUGAUGCGGAUGCGAGCCAUGAACGAGAGAGCUGGGUUGGUGGCACGAAAACGCCGCACGCGCUGUCGGCUGAUGGCGACCCUGGAGCAAACCUGGUGGAUAGCAGCACCAUGGAGGCAGAUGGCCUGCCGGUGUCGCACUGGGUGGCGUGGAUACGCAAGUCCUGUGUGCCGGCGUUAGCGCACCUCUACCAAUCGGUCGGGCUGGAGGAUGAGUGGGCGCAGCUGGGGUACGGUCACGAGUGA